CUUCCUCUAUGACUCAAGAAUCCAACAACACCUUUGAUUUUGUAUCCAAGUUUGCCUUUGAUAACUCAAAUAAACUCAGCUAUACUUUAGAUGUACACUCAAAGUUGGACUCUUUUGCGUUUGAAUCAGCCAUUACAGCCUUUAUUUAGUUUGAAUAGUUGUAGAAAUGGAAGCAUUAGAAGAGUUAUUCUUCAGUUCAAUAGAGAAAUUAGGCUACAUUGUGAGAGAAUUCCACUUGGGUUUGCCUCUGUUGGUGUUUAUUGUGACGAUAGUAAUGGGUUGAGACAAGAUAGGGAUGUUACCAAGGAUGAAGGAGUAGUGCCCAUUAAUGGUGUUGAAUCAGAAUCUCCAAAAAAGUUGCUAAUUUUGAUGAGUGAUACUGGUGGGGGUCACAGGGUAUCUAAUGAAGCUAUUAAGGCAACGUUCAACCAACAAUUCGGAGAUAAAUAUCAGGUAUUUGUUACUGAUUUAUGGACUGAUCAUACGCCGUGGCCCUUCAACCAAUUGCCAAGGAGUUACAACUUUUUGGUGAAAAAUGGCCCUUUAUGGAGAAUGACAUAUUAUGCAUCUGCUCCUCGUGUAGUUCAUCAAUCUAAUUUUGCUGCUACAUCUGCUUUUAUUGCUAGGGAGGUUGCUAAAGGUUUAAUGAAAUACCAGCCGGAUAUCAUUAUUAGUAUACAUCCUCUAAUGCAGCAUGUGCCUCUACGUAUCUUGAGGUCCAAGGGGAUCUUAAAGAUGAUUAUAUUCACUACUGUUCUAACGGAUUUAUGUACUUGUCAUCCAACAUGGUUUCAUAAACUUGUUACUAGGUGCUACUGCCCAUCGGAGGAGGUUGCAAGACGAGCAUUGAAAGCUGGCCUCCGACUAUCUCAAAUAAAAGUUUAUGGCCUUCCUGUGCGACCAUCAUUUGUGAAGCCUGUUUGCCCAAAGGUUGAAUUGAGGAUGGAACUUGAAAUGGAGGGGCAUCUACCUGCCGUACUGCUGAUGGGUGGUGGGGAAGGAAUGGGCCCAAUAGAGGCUACAGCUCGAGCACUUUCAGAUGCACUAUAUGAUGAACGGCUUGGGGAGACAAUAGGUCAGGUCCUUGUAAUAUGCGCGCGGAAUAAGAAGCUUGCCGACAGAUUGAAUUCAGUAGACUGGAAAAUUCCUGUCCAGGCUGGCCCAGGGACGAUUGCAGAAGCCGUGAUUUGAGGACUGCCUAUAAUUUUAAAUAGCUAUAUUGCUGGUCAGGUACUUCCAGUAUUGACUAUUCUUUUUGUUUUUGCUCCUUAUUUGGGAUUUUCUGCCUGGCCUUGUUUUCUUGCAGACAUUUUUUUCAAUUGUUUUUCAUCUUGUCCUGUUUUCACCCAAAUAUGCUGAUUAAAUCAUAUAAACCAUGUCUUCGAGUAGCUUGUAGAGAUUGAGAACUCUCAUCUUUCCUGGUGCCCAACUGCUUGUGUUUUUGAACCCGCUAGAUGCUUUUUAUGCAGUAAAUUAUUUUCUUAUUCGCAACACUCAUUAUCACUCAUAUGGACUUCUUGCUGAUAACAUACUUUUCGAUGUUACAUCAUCCAAGUGUUUAAGUUCUGCGAGAAGUAUUAAUCCUGGAAGUUGUAUCAAUUCAAGUUUGAUAAUGUCAGUCAAAUUACAAGUGGUUUAUAAGUCAACUGAGUAGUAAUUUUCCAGUAUGCUAUGAUCACUGCAUGACAUAGAAUAGAAAAUUUCAUAUUAUUCAGGCGAAACUCAUCGGUGCCCUUAAAGUUGGCACCAACUUUCACUUAGACACCUAAACCAAAAGAUAUUCAUUUUAGACACCUUAUGUAAGAGUCGAAUGUGUCAUCUUGACAAUUUUAAAAUAAUCUGUUGUUGGACUCAAGCGCGUGUAUUACAAUUUCGUCCACAUGGAUUAGUUGACCAAUUAUAUCAUGCCAACUUUGUCUUCUUUACACGUCAUAUUAGCUUUAAAUUUAAAUGCUCAAAAGUUGAUCUUCAACUCCAUUUUCUCUCCAUUUUCUCUUCAGUUCAAAAACCCAUCUUCUUCAGUUCACCGAUCAAAACCCUAGGUAAGAAUAUGAAAGUUCAAUCUUUCUUGAUUUUCAUUCAAUUCUUAGUUAGUACUAACUGUUAUGUUAGUUUAUGUUGCCAAUUUCCAGGUUUAAAGGUUGAAAUCAAGUGUUGGAGAUUGCAAGGGUGAACUUCAAUCCAGGCUUUUUGACAUUUCUAUCAACUACUUCUUGUGUUUGCAUGUUUCAUUUGUUGUUGAAGAAGGUGUAUGUUCUGGUUGUUUCCACUCUCUUUUAGCAUUUUGUAACUAGGUUUUUUUUUGGAAAUUGUACUGAUAAAGUAAGGGACUUUUUGGGUAUUUCCUUGUGUUGGGGUCUUCUUUUUGAGAUAUGGAUGUAUGUUGUUUUCUCCUUUGGUUACAUACUAAUCUUCACAAGUGUAGCUUACUUACUAAUUUUGGUUUCUUUUUUUCUGUAAAAAUAGCCAGGGACUUCAAGUCAAAGAAUUCUACUAACAGGUUCAAAUUUUAAGGAUGCAAGUUCAACAGGCAUAGACCUUGGUUUUAAGCAUAGAGGCUUGAGAUGGAAAAAUAGAGAUGUUGUCACUACCUCCCAGUUGCAGCAAAUGGCAAACAAAAAGAAGAAGUAACAGUAGUACCAGCUUUGAAUACUUUUUGCUAUGUAACGUAAUAAACACUUUUGAGGAUUGUAACCUUGUAUUGAUAUAGGUUGUAGAUGUAUCAGAAGCAGUAAAGCUUGAUACAUGAGAAUCUGAUACAUAAACUUUCCUCUUAAAUUCGAAUAUGAUACAUAACCAUUCGACAUAUUCGACAGAUUAAGGGUUGAUACAUUAAAGAUUGUUGUAUUAGUUAUCAACUGAAUUGUGGUUGAUACAUAACAUCUUGUA